GAAAAAGAAAUAAAGAAAGAAAAAAGGGCAUGACAAGAGCCCUUGGCUAAAGUAUUCGUUAGGUUUUUGAUUGAUGUGAUUGAUGCGUGGGCGGGUUCCAACAAACACGACUCUGGGCCUAUAACUGCACCCUCCAAUCACUGACCAACGACCCCACAUGAAAUAACACUGGUGCCAGCUCAGCCAAACACGUCUUCCACUGAACUAGUGAAAAGGAUGAUAAGGGUGCACUCUUGCUCACUGUGGGGGAUGUGCUUCUUCCCGUACAGCCCAUGUAUAGCUGGAUAUGUUCUAACGGAUUGCAUGACGAGUUUAUUCUUGAUGAUUCCGAGCAUAGUUCUGACGCCGUCAGGAUGGAGACAUCUUAUCAGGAUUAUGUGAGGGAUCAUGGCCGCUAUGCAGUGCUGACUGAUAUUGAUGCCAGGCCAGUGCAGUUAUGGAGUAUACUGCUUCCCCAACUAAGGGCGGAUGUAGCAAAAUGGAGCUCAAUGAUGAUUCGUUUUCAUCUGCUAGGUGGCUGCGUAUCCUGGAAAUAAAGGAGCACCCCAUGCAGAAACUUCCUGAAACAGUCUGUCAGUUGAGGCACUUGGCAUGUCUUAGUUUAUCAGGCUGCACUGGACUGAUAACCCUGCCGGAUUCAUUUGGAGAUCUUCUAAAUUUGGUGUAUGUUGAUCUAUCACGCUGCUCCAAACUGGAAAGUCUGCCGAAAUCAUUGGGGAAGCUGACAGAUUUGGAGUACAUUGAUUUAUCUGGAUGCUCUGCACUAGCAACUCUGCCAGAAUCGUUUGGGAAGCUAAUAAAGUUGGUGCGUGUCGCCUUAUCAGGUUGCUCUGGUUUAUCAAAUCUACCGACAUCAAUCGGGAAGCUACUAAAUUUGAAGCAUGUUGAUUUAUCAGGCUGCACUGAACUGUUAACCCUGCCUGAGUCAUUUGGGAAGCUUAUUCAGCUGCCACAUAUCAAUUUAUCAGGCUGCUCUGGUCUAGUUACUCUGCCUGAGUCAUUCGGGAAGCUAACAAGCUUGUUGCACCUUGACUUGUCAGGCUGCUCUGGUCUAGUUACUCUGCCUGAGUCAUUCGGGAAGCUAACAAGCUUGUUGCACCUUGACUUGUCAGGCUGCUCUGGUCUAGUUACUCUGCCUGAGUCAUUCGGGAAGCUAACAAGCUUGUUGCACCUUGACUUGUCAGGCUGCUCCGGACUAUCAAAUCUUCCUGAAUCAAUUGACGGCCUGGUCAGCUUGUCGCAUCUUGAUUUAUCACGUUGCCAUGCACUGAAGGAUCUGCCACAGACAUUCUGCAACCUGACGAGUUUGCAACAUCUGGAUUUGUCAUUCUGGUCUUUUGUUAAGGUGAUCCAGAAAGCUCAUGGUGUUACCAAUCUCCAACAUCUCAACUUGUCACACCCUUGCGCUUCUACUGCUGAACAUGAGGCCCACAGUCUUGAUGGGCUAAAAGGGGCUAUGGGCGGUCUCAGAAAGCUGCGGUAUUUGAACCUAUCCAUGUUUCUUCACUUCCAGCCGCGAACGGAAGAAGGUCAACAACAGCAAAUUGGUCAAUACAUCAAGAACAUCCAUGUACUCUAGUUCGCAAUCUGGAGCAUCUGGACCUAUCCCAUAACACGUUUCUUCGUAAUCUACCUGAAAGCCUAGCUGACCUCAAGAACCUGCAUACACUGAACCUCUCGGGCUGCACUAGACUAGAGACUGUGCCCGAAAAGAUAUAUAAAAUGGAGGGUCUGGGAUUAAUUGUUCUGACGCACUGUUGGGGUCUGAAGAGUUACCAGUUUGUGGUUGGCGCUUGCAACAACAGAGGCAAUUUUGUGCAGCUUGAGGAUGUCAAUUGCCAAGAGAUGGAGAUAAGCUGUGUUGAAAAGGUCAAGUCCUUGGAGGAAGCGCGGAGCAUAAGGUUGGGAGAGAAAGGACGUCUUGUCACGUUGAAGCUUUGUUGGACUCCGCAUUCUCAAGAAUUGUUGGACGCCAAUGUUCUUCUAGGAGAAUUAGUGCCACCACAUAGUCUGCAGUUCCUCAAUAUACAUGGU